UUUCUGCCAUUUCUACACAAUUUGGAGUGUCAGCUACAUACUUGUUACUUUAUUCCUUGUAAAUUCCACUCUUUUUUACUAAUUUCUCAUUUUAAAAUAUGGCCAUUAUGACAUUAUUGGGCCAGUUUGCAAGAGUUCUACUACUACAUGGGUACUGUUAAUCAACUAAAGAGCACUAACAAAACACUACAGUAUUUGCAGUUCUAUGGUCUGGUGAAACAAUUAUAAUACCUAAAAGCAAAAUAUUAUGAAGGUUUUUGAAAUAAAAAUUGUGGAAUCCUCAAAGAGUAUCAACACUGAAGAUCCGAUGAAAUUGGGGAGGUGUAACCGGAAACAUUUUUAGGAUGGAUGUAAGAGUAACAGUUUGAUAAUGGAUUGCAGCAGUACAGUAAUUAGGACCAAGUGAGUUUUUUGCUGGAACAUACAGUUUCAAUGAUUAGAAGCAUAUAAUAGGCCUACAAGCAAGGAUUUAGAACCACAUGAAUGUCUAGGAGAUGAGAGCACAAUCAUUGACAAAUACAUUUCACUUUCUAAAUCAGCUCAAUGUUGUCUUAUAUGGGAGAUUAUACAUUAAUAGCAAACAAACCGAAAAUACAAAUACAUGAUGAACAUUGCAAAUAACUGGCACUAAAACAGUCAUAAAUUUCACAAAGUGGACUAAAACUCGAUAACAGCUCGACAUGGGGGAACAUUCACAAUGUACAUGCACAAAUAAUCGCCAGAAAAAAUUAGAUAAGGAAUUUGCAAGAAACACGACAUGUCAUGGAUUAUCACGAUUAGAACAGGCCCAGAAUCCUACGAUGAAAAUAUUCUGGACAUUAGCAGUUUUGCUAUGUUUCGGUCUACUGUUUUGGCAGGUGUCUGUCCGAGUCAUCACAUAUUUUGAGAAUAAAUCAAGCACGAAUAUAGAGAAAGUUUACAACAUAAUGCAAAACUUUCCCGCUGUAACAAUUUGUGAUUACAACAGAUACAGGACUCCAAAUAUGACAGAAGCAGACAAGUACCUUCUAUACACUAUACCCAAUCUCAUAUACAAAUCAUCACUGGAAGGUGUUGAUGUUUCUGAAUUACUAGAAGAAUAUGAGUACAACAUUACAGCAGGUUAUCCAGGAGGAUACAAUUUGAAAGAAGUAGAAGAAAGGGUCUCAUGGAAUAUGAAUGAAAGUCUCAUACUAUGUUUGUUUGAUGGGAUACCUUGUUACUCUAAAACAAAGAUAUUUACUCCAGUAUUCACUGACUUUGGCCUUUGCCAUACAUUCAACAUAGAUGGCUCUAUUAACUUUACCCAAUGGGACAUAGGUGCUGGGCAUGGGCUUCGUCUGAUGCUGGACAUGAAAACUGAAGAAUAUGGAGAAAAUUUUUACGAUUUAGAAUUAGCCCGAAUGGAAUCUGGUAUAAAAUUCUAUGUCCACCCUGCAUAUGAGCCUCCAGAUAUGAAGGCCAAUGGUCAAAGUGUUUCACCAGGAUUGCAUGCUUUUGCCAGCAUCAAAACAGAACUGACUGUAACAGAAGAGCCACCAUAUGGGCACUGCAACAAAUCUGCCUCAUUGCAGUUUUACCCAAGGUAUACCUACAGUGGAUGUAUGCUGGAAUGUAUGAGAGAUCUGAUGCUAAAAAUGUGUAACUGUACACCUAGUUACAUACCCGGCAACAAUGCGCAGUGUUCAUUUACAACCACCAAUACAUGUAUACAGGAAGUCAAAGAGAUCACCCGGAGAACAUUUGCAUGCUUCCAUUGUACUCAGCCAUGUGAAGAGAUUGUAUAUCCUACCAGUGUUUCCUAUGCCACGUUCCCAACAGAGGGAAUAGGGGAGAAAAUAGCUAGCCAAUAUAACACCACAACAGAGAAUAUCAAGAAGAACCACCUGAUGUUGGACAUCUACUUCACUGACCUAUACAAUCAUACCAUCACUAUCACACCUGCAGUGACACCAACAGGACUACUAAGUGACAUUGGUGGCCAAAUGGGACUGUUUGUUGGGAUCAGUGUCCUGACUGUUAUAGAGUUCCUUGAAUACUUUGUUAAGAGAUGCUACUACAUGUGCUCCAAUACUGAUCCAGAGACAGAGAAUGGCAGAGGACAGGACAAUCAAGUCAAUGCAUCCUCUGAUGUGGAAAAACUAGAAUUGGAAAAUAUGGAGAUGAGAAACUAAAAAGGAAAAAUGUAACUUCCCAGAGUAAGAAAGACUGUCAAUGUGUGUUACAAAUCAUUCUACACUAUCAAACUAAAUACAUUGUAUAUAAAAUGAGGCUCUCCAUGCAGAACACCACCCAAGUGGAACUUCUGUACAGCUCCUACUGUAAUAAACAUUCUUUCUUCAUUACCACAGAAAAGUAUUGUAUUUGAUUAAUAGCUCUUGUAUUUUGGUCCAUCAUAAUUAGAACUUAUUUCUUGAGGUUUAUGAAAAAUAUUGUUAAUAUUUUACUGGUAAGAUUAAAGCAUGAAAUGAAUUUUAUUUCCUUGACUUAUCUAUGGUAUGGUAUGCUUUAGAAGGUAGAAAUAUACAUCAAUAAUAUUUGAGCUAAAUAACAUAAGAGAAUGAGAAUUUUGGGAUUUACAAUUCCAGAUAUGUGAUCCUAAAUUAGAUACCAUUUAUCAAAAAAAAAGUUGUUACCUAGAUUAAUGUAACAUUUCCUAAAAAGUUUGGUAGAAAUAUUAUGAUUCUAGAGGAUGUAUUCUACCAUAAUAUCUAAAUGUCCAAAUGAAAA